AUGCCACCAACCCCGCCGCCGACUAUUGAAAGCAACACUGAGCAACAUCAGCAGGAGCAGCGGUUGCCCGACGUGAACUACCCCGACGCCCGCAAUCUUCAACCGCUGCCCGACUCGCCCACAUACCCGACAACGACGACUCAGCCACAGAAGAAAAACGACGACGUAGAAAACCCGCGCUUCGACUUCCCCUUGCCGCCACGCGCCAGGGCGACUGACACGCAACAGACGCUGGAUACCCGCCAGAAAAUAGACUGCAAGGCAGCGCUCGUCGACAACAACGACGAAAACAACCAAGUGCCUCUCAAGAAGGCUCCCAUCUCCAUCACCUUGCCUCCACAACCACAUUCACUACCACCCCAGAUAUCAGCAGCCUUCACUAGUGUUGCUGCUACUGCUGUCGACAUCGUUAAUACUGCCACAGCCGUCACCGAGCCCUCCGCAAAGAUACUGCCACUAUCAGAACAGCCUAGUGAAGUUGUAGAGCCGCCGCUCGAAGUCGGCGAGUGCAAGGCCGACGAACCAGAGUACGAUCUUGAACUACUAAAAAGCACAGUUUAUAGACGUAGUGGAGCAACUGCCGCUCGCGGACCCCUCGUUCAUCGAGGAAUUGGGAUUGUCAAGAGAGAUCGAACCGCGCUGCCGGGAGUAAAAGGAGAAAGUAGUCGGGCCGGCAUUGCUGCUACUUCUGCUACCCCCGGUAGUGGAAGACUGAAGGAGGACGAAUUGGCGGGAAGAUACGCCCAACCCCGUUCCCCUCCUCUCUCCUCCCAGAACCCCCCGACUUCUUCUAACGCUCCACCACCGCCGGCCUCUCCCAUACAUUCUCACUCACAACACUCCUCGGAUCAGUCGGCCUCCGAAGAGGAGGAAGAGCACUCCGAAGAGGAAGAAGAAGAGGAGGAAGAAGAAGACGAUAUGGAGGAUGAAGAGUCUUGGAUCAGCGGCUUUUGCAACAUGGUUGGACACGAAUAUUUUGCUGAAGUCAGCGAAGAGUUCAUUGAAGAUGAUUUCAAUCUGACAGGACUCGGUGCUAUGGUCCCUAUGUAUAAGGAAGCUCUUGAAAUGAUUCUUGAUGUAGAGCCUGAAGACGACUCUGACUCCGCUGCAUCCGCAUCUGAGUCACUGUCUGAACAGCCUGGCGCUCCGCCCACCUACCGUCGUCGCGCCGGUCAUAUGCGAGUCGCCUCGGAUGUCUCCAUGAUCGAGAACUCUGCAGAACUUCUCUACGGCCUCAUUCAUCAAAGAUUCAUCACCUCGCGACAAGGUAUCCAGGUCAUGUACGAAAAAUACCUUUCAAACCAUUUCGGCUUCUGUCAGCGGGUAUUCUGCAAUAAUGCGCGUGUCCUUCCUUGUGGAUAUUCCGACACUCCCGGUGUGGAAACAGUAAAGCUUUUCUGUCCAUCCUGCUGUGACAUCUAUGUACCACCUAAUUCGCGUUUCCAAACUGUUGAUGGGGCAUAUUUCGGCACAACAUUUGCAUCGCUUUUUCUAAUGACCUUCCCGGAACUUGAUGUAUCUGGCAACGGUCGCAAGGAAAUAAUAUCAGGCUCGUCCCUCAACUCUGUAGGCGGCAGAAAAGGCACAAGCAGUGCCAAUGCCCCAUUAAUUAACGGAGUAUUGGCAUCGAACCUCGCGCCAGGUCUUGGGAAGGGCAAACAGUAUGAGAUGCGAAUAUACGGCUUCCGGGUUUCGGAACGUGCGAGAAGCGGCCCCAGGAUGGGAUGGUUGCGAGCCAAACCCGAACAAAUGAGCGACCUCGAUGAAACCACCCGGCAUACAGAGGCUACGGUAGAUGCAGGAUAUAGCAGUGAUGGCGAAGGGCCGGAAGAAAGCGAUGGUGAUGAGGGAAGCGUAGGCGAAGACGAUAUCAAUGCUGUAUGA